UAUAUGGAGUACAUAUACAUAUUUCUUCUAAUACAUACCUUUUUUUCAUAUACAUAUAUACUAGCCAAGUCCAUAACAUAGCUAGCUAGCCAUAUUAUUCCCUAAUAAUUACUAAUGUCUCCAACUUCUUUAUGUUGCAUCUCCAACACUGUUUGUGUUAUGGGUUCUUCUACUCAGUUCGGCUCAAGCUUGAUUAUUCGGCUACUCGAAAAGGGCUUCACAGUCCAUGCUGCUAUUCAAAAUCAUGGUGAUGAAGUUGAGUUGAUGUCAAUAUGUGACAAGAAGAGAUUGAAGGUUUUUUGUUUGGACCUUUUUGAUUACCAUAGCAUAAUUGAUGCUUUGAAAGGGUGUUCUUGUCUUUUUUACUCCUUUGAGCCUCCCAAGGAUCACUCCACUAUUUAUGAUGAAUAUAUGGCAGAAAUAGAGGUAAGGGCAGCACAUAAUGUAUUGGAAGCAUGUGCACAAAUAGACACUAUAGAAAAAGUUAUAUUCACUUCCUCAGCAACAGCAAUUAUUUGGGGAUUUGAUGAUAAAAAAUCUUCAUCUCAUGUUGAUCUUGAUGAAAAACAUUGGAGUGACAUCAAUUUUUGUCGUAAAUACAAGUUAUGGUAUGCUUUAUCAAAAACACUAGCAGAGAAAACAGCAUGGGCUUUAGCUAUGGAUAGAGGCAUAAACAUGGUGUCAAUAAACUCAGGAUUAUUAAUGGAUCAUGAUUUAAACAUCAAAAAUCCUUAUCUAAAAGGAGCUAAAGAGAUGUAUGAAAAUGGAGUUUUUGUAAGUGUUGAUGUUGAUUUCUUGGUGGAUGCACAUAUUUGUGUCUAUGACGAUGUGUCAAGCUAUGGUAGAUAUUUGUGUUUUAAUCACAUCAUUAAUACAAUUGAUGAUGCUAUUAAUCUUGCCAACAAGUUGUCUCCUUUGCCUUCUUCUCCUCCAAGUUUUGAGAAAGAUUCAAAGAUAAUCCAACAGAGGAUAAGCAACAAGAAAUUGAACAAAAUCAUGAUCAAGAAGAUUGAUGGAUGCAAAAUCGAUAUAUAAAAUUGAAGCUCAUAUUUUUAAAGAUAUUAUAAAAAAUUAUUGAAUUCACGAGAAUUAAGAUAAUUUUAUGUUAGUUGAGAAAGAAUGAUAAAUUACUAUUUGAAAAUUCUAAUAGUUUGUGGAAAAUCAAGAAGUCUUCUUAGUUGUUGUAACUCUAUUUAGUCAUAUUUUGCUUUUAAUAAUAAUAUACAUUAAUAUUUU